UCAUCAUUACUGGACAUUACUAACUAACUGACCAGUUAACAACGUUUCCAUUGUAGUAAAUACAAGUUACAUAAGAAUAAGAAAAAGUUUUCUUCCGAAAAGAUUGAAACCAAAUUGAAAAUCUUUCAAACAAACUUUCAACCUUUUCCCGUUAUAAUCACGAUAAUAAACUCUCGAAGUGACCAGUGGGCAACAUUCAUCGAUCCAAGUGAAGUUUAUUCAUCACCAUAAAUUCAUCAUAUUUAUACAUCUACAGUUGAGUUCAGUGAAAUAUCAUCAUCAUCAUGUUCAAGUGUCUUCUCGGAAUCACCCUGAUAACCAUGGUAACAUCUUCUCCAGCCUAUUAUGGGUAUGCACCUUCAUCUAAAUACUCACCAGUGGGAUCUUAUCCAUCAAUCCCAGCACCAUCAUACUCUCACCAUAAGCAAUCAUAUUCAGAGCCAGCAUCUUAUGAAAACAAAGGUUACCCUUACAGUUUUGGCUACGAUAUUGAUGAUGGUUAUGGUAAUAAUAAUCAUCGGAUGGAAGAGGGUGAUGAAUAUGGUAAUAAAAAAGGUUCCUAUGGUUAUACUGAUGCUUAUGGUGUUUACCGGAAAGUUGAUUAUAUUGCCGAUGAUUAUGGUUUCCGAGCAACAGUGACCACAAAUGAGCCCGGAACUGCGCCAGCGGAUCCAGCGGAUGUUAAAAUGUAUGCAAAGGAACCAGUAACAGUUUCAACUCCAGAAUAUCAUCAUCCAGUACCAUCAACACCUCCACCACCACCACCGCCACCAACUCCAGCAGCCGUUUACGCAGCUCCGGCUUACCUUUCACCUUCAUACACACCAAGUUAUGGCUACAAACCUUAUUCAUCAUACACCUUGACCAAACCCUCUUACUAUGAUGAAUACAAGCAACCCUAUGAGUCUCAUCGUUAUUAAAAACACCCUCUAGAAAUCACCCACUUCCAUAUAUAUACAGAGUCUCCCAUCCUUUUUGAUAAAUCAUCAUGAUCAUCAUGAUGAUCAACAAUCAAAAAUCACCAUUGUAUCAACAACAAUUAUCAAACUAUGCUGAUUAUUUUAAACAUUAUUUAUAAACCAGAAUCAAAAGAAAUCAAUUUAUUAUUAUCAUUUUCUAAUCACAAUUAGUUUUUUUUGGAGUCGUUGAUGGUUUAACAAUUAACUAAUAACUGAUAAUGAUUAUUGUAGUAUUAUCUAUUAUCAACUUUGGUUUUGAUAAUCAUCACCAAUCAGAUAAUCAUUAUAAUCAUUAUUCUGAUUGUCUAUCAACUAAUUGUUGUUUUCAUUUCCAUCUUGUUUAAUUGUUUGUUUGUCUACUGUUGUUGUGACAAUUAAUUGAGUGGUGGUUGGUUAAUAAGGUGCUAAUAACGGUUUGUUAAAUUAGUUUUAUAUAAGUUGAUUGUAGAGUUAACAAUUAGUGUAUUAUUAACAAUCAAGUUUGCGAGAAGAAGCAAAAAAAAACACUUUUAUCAACUCAACCAUUUAUGAUAACUAAACCAACAAAUAGAGUUACAAUUAAUAAAUUGUUGUUACCGUUAACAGUUUGAUGAUGUGUUAACUUUAAAUUGAAAACAAUCAACAUGAUAAUCAAGAAAAUAACAACAACAACAUCAACAAUUAAAUGUAACAAUUUUUCUUUCACAAUUAAUAUUGUUACACCAAAUAUAU